UCUCCCCGUCAAAGGUUUAGACUUUAAAACCCUCACAGUCACAGGGUUUAUACAAACAUAUGAACCCUCCAAUAAAUCGCUUUUAUAUACACACAUACAUACACAAAUAGAGUAUUAUAUAUAUAUAUAUAUAAUUGUAAAUGUAUAUGUCUAACGUUAUACGAAUUUCCCCGUGUUUUAGAUCUCCACAACGAAGAGAAUCACAGUUUCAUUUAUAUGAUCUUGGGGUUUCUCAGUAUUUUUCAAAAUCAGCACUGAGAAAAUCCGAUUCGGUGAAGAAUUCGAUAGUUUUUACCAAAAAUAUUCAUGUAAUUGGAGGGAAUUUAAGAGCAUUAACGAAUUACAGCGAAGAAGGGCCUGUUCAAGACCUCGAUUCUUCUCCGGUUUCGAUCGAGCUCGAGCUUAUUUCGAGCGAGAGCCAGUUUGAUCGGGUCAUCGCCGAGGCACAGCAGCUCGAAGAAUCGCUUGUAAUUGUUUGGAUGGCAAGCUGGUGCAGGAAAUGUAUAUAUUUGAAACCAAAGUUAGAAAAGUUGGCAGCAGAUUACUAUCCCAGAAUACGAUUUUACUGUAUUGAUGUCAACGCUGUUCCACACAAGCUUGUUGUUCGUGCAGGAAUCACUAAAAUGCCAACCAUACAGCUGUGGAAGGACAGCAAAAAGCAGGCGGAGGUGAUCGGAGGCCACAAAGCGUAUUUGGUUGUUAAUGAGGUCCGCGAAAUGAUUGAAAAUGAGUAUACCAUGUAAUUUUUGUUACUGUCAGAAAUAAAUUGAAAAUCUAUUCUGUAAUUUUUUUCUCUAGAAGUUGAACAUGAUAGAUAAUAAUGCAUAGAAAAUAAAAAUUUGGCAGUUGUUGUUUACACAAAUUCUGUAAAACUUUAUUUAUUUACAUAUUUAUAAGGGCGUGUUGUGAACUUGUGACGCUUUUGUGCGCAUUGUACCAUAAAUAACACCUCCAAAGAGCUGAAACAACUGAAAUAA